AUUUCGAGCCCUCGCGCUCAAUUCGGCCCUCCACUCGCUUCCGGACGCCCGUGUUGGAUUUUGGCAGGUCGCUGGGGUUGGGCAGUCGUGCUUACGUUGUGUUCUUUUGUGUUAUAUUUGUGAGUGAUUCCGCGUAAAAGUGGUCCGUUUUUCCGUUCGAAAUAGGGGCAUUUCGGAGAUAUUGUUGUGCUUUACCUUGACGUUUUGAGACCUUCGCGAUCGUUGUGUUGCACACCAAAUAUUAACGAGCAAAUCACCACCAUAAUUAAUAAAUUAAUUGGCGAGGAGCGAAUACCAAUCGCCAGACAUCCGCCACACCGUUGUUAUCAUUCCAAACACACGUAGAAAAAGGUUCGUUCGCUGGGUCCUGAAGAUCUAAAUGGUUGCGUGCAGACAGCAUGUCUACUUUGCCAGGUCUGGCCUCCAAGGGGGAGAAAUCAAAACCAAAGUUCCAAUCGUUAGACAUAAAUAGUUUGUACAGAGUGAGCAGGGGUGAAAAUUUAGAGAAGCAGCAACAGAAGAGCACGUUCACAUACAAACAUGGCAUGCAAAGUUUGGGAAAGGUGCCCAAUGCACGAAGGGCGCCAGCGAAUUUACCGUCUUUGAAAUCGGAACACAGCGGAACUGACGCAUCUGUACCUUUAGUACCACCAGGCGGACCAGGAUGGGGAAAACAAGAAUCAACAACUUCAACUUCGACCACUUCCUCGACGACAACAACUACAACAGCUUCAACUCCAAACAGUCAACCUUCCCCCCAGUUGAGUUCUCAUCAAGCUGCAAUUGCCCUUCCGGUGACCACAACAAUACCACCGCCGAACAAACACGCACCACCUUCUGCUACGCCUGCUACCACCGACAAGUCAUGGAGCGCCGUCAUGAGCGGUCCGGAUUCCGCACAUCCGCCACUGUAUCAGAGUCCCCAGUUCCAGCACGAGUUCCCCAGCUUGUCCGUUGGCGAUGGCGGCCCCACACGUACUGGUUCCGAUGCUCAGUACACGCCAGGGCUAAGUCUGCGCCCGCAGACGGAGGGCUCAUGGAUACAGGGUGGGUCGCGGCCGGGCGCCGAAGGUCCCCCAAGGAGCAGCUCGGUCCCCUUGGGUGCCCCACCACAGCUAGCGGCCCAGGUCGGCCUGCCUCAGCAACCGCUGCCGCCGCAAUUUCGUGCGGUCAUGCCAACUUUUAUGUACAAAGGUAGCUUCGCUACGGGUGGAACCGGUGCUCCUACUCAAACUCCUCCUCCGAUGAACGGACGAAAUCGGCCCGAAAAUCGUCCGCCACCGCGAUUGGUGGAUCCGGACGAAAUCACCCCGAGACCGAUCAUCAAGGAAGAAGAAUUAAGUCGCAUGGAUGAAAUUGACAAAGACAUGGGUUGGACCUGUCAUGAUGAUAUCGAUUACAACCAAAAACUGGCGUUCAGCGACGACGAAUCGACCACGGACAAACCUACAAAGAAAGAAGCAAAACCCGCCGCCGCCUCGACGACGACCGCGCCCGCUCCCGCCGCCGCGCCUCAACCGAAAGACCACGACAAACCCGAACCUCACCCGAACGAAUCUCAAUCGCGCAACUGGAACAGCAACCUGACCAACCCCAACCGCCAGCGAUCUUCGGACGAGGAGCUCUGGAAGCAACGCCGCCAACACAACAAGGACCUCGAGCUGACCGUUCAACGAGCCAAACAACGCAAAGAAGAGGAAGAGAAGCGCUUCAACGAGGCGACCAAACAAGGCGCCGCCAAGAAGCUCAUGGAGCUGGAGGAAAAAAUGAGCAAGCGCAACCGCGAAGAGGAGGGCGUGGGUACCAUAAGCCCGUCGGUGGUGCCGCCGAAGCCCAUCGUGCCCGCCGACAUCCCGCUCCCGGAUUUCCAGCGCGAGAAAGAGCGCGACAGAGACAGCCGCUCGCGCACGCCCAACGACAGCAGCGGCGCCGAGGAGAAAACCUCUGGCUCGUCGAGCGCCUUUCGACAACUCACCCAGAUCGAAGGCAAGAACUUCACGCCGAGGAAGCACGUGAAAGGGGGCGAUCGGGAGCGCGACGUGCGCGACCAGAACGGCCCGAGCUUCUCGCGACACUUCCAGAGCCAGCUGCCGCCGCGGUUCCAGAAGCAGAGGAACAACACGGGCCCGGGGAUGCAGAGUCAGAUGCAUUACGGCUUCGGGGACGGUCGCUGGGGUCAGGGCGUGGCGAAGCGGCACGACAGUCCGGAUAGGGACGGCGAGGAGGAGCGACGCGACUACAAGAGACAGAGCUCGGAGGAUAGUCACAGGUCGCACAAGGGGCAAGAAAGAGGGUUCGACGACUCGCACGACUACAGACACCAGGAGUACGACUACAACAGGAAGAACAAGGACGAGGAUAAGAGGAAGGACCACGAGGAUUGGCACAGCGACAGGAGGGAUAAGGAGAGGCACGAGAGGCCGCAGAGACCGGACAGUAGGGACUCGAGGGCGUCGCGAGAUUCGCGACAAUCGAGAGAUUCGGCACGGGAUUCCGAACCUAGGGAUCACAUCGGCUCGUGGGCGGACGCUAUGUUCGACCCGCCCUACGAGGAGAAGCGCCGGGACCACGGACGGGAAGAUCGCAGACAAGUCCCGGGUCCGAUCACGAAGGAACGGAUAGAAGCCGACGACAUGAGGAACGAAAAGCGCGGCUUGACUCAGUUGAAACGGGGCCAAAUCCCGGAGAAGAAGGUCGAAAAGAAGGACGAAAAAAUCCAGGAGGAGACCGCGGGUGACGAAAGUACGGUUCCGGAGCAGACUGACUCCGGGAGCAAGGCUUGGGCGGAUGCCCUCCCACCCACCCCUCUCGACAUGGAAAAUAAAUUUUCUGACGGUUUCGACAAAUGCAAAAACUCCUUAAACACAGAAUCGUCGUCGAAGCAAGACGACUCGAAAAAGUCGGACAAGUCGGACUCGGAAUUCAAAGACAAGGACGACAAACGUGGCAACAAGAACAGGAACUACCCCUUGAACAAGGGUUGGGGUGGCAAUGAGUACCACCGGUCGGGCUGGCCCAAAAGACAGUCCAGUCGGGGUAUGAGGUCUGGGGGUUCGCAAAAAACCGACUUUCACGGGACGGAUUCCGAAGGCUCGAUGGACGAAGUCGGGGCAGAUGGGACGUCCCAGAAGAGUCCGAAAACGGUGAAAAAGUCCGAUAAAGACGACAAGAACAAGGAGAUUAAGCAGCACGAAAAGUCGUCGACUUUGGAAAGGAACAAGGAUAAGCAGGACAGUAAGAGGGAUAAUUACGUUCCGAGGGGGGAGCCGUCGAGGCACGGUCGUGGGGGUGGCAACUUUAGAAGCAGGGGUGGACUGAGUAAGAGGAUUGAUGGGUAUGGUCCACCACCUGCGAAAAGUCCGUUUGGUCACCACGACGAUAAGGAAAAGAAGAUGUCGAGUGACGAAAAUACGACCGAAACGUCGGAGGAUAAAGCUAAGCAGAACCAACAAGCUUUGUCGGCGGGGAUUAUCGGUAGCGCCCGAAAAGACACUCUACCCAAGGGCGACGAUAAACCCAAAGGGCGCAAGCCUGAUAGUAGACGGGGUAAGUCGAAGUCGAAGACCGACGGAAAACGCGACGACGAAAACGCGGAUUCGAACUCAGACAACUCCGACGAUAAGGAUAAGAGCUCCAGGAGGCAGCAGUUAAAGACGAACGCGCCACCUCGGGGUGCGUCGAGUUCGAACUCGACUAGACGUAACAACGCACCCCCGCGGAUGACAGGCGACAAGAAACCCUACCCUCCGAGGAGCGACAACCCCAUUCCUAGACAAAACUCCAGCGGGGCUUUGCGUGCAAUAAAAAAAGACGACAAGUCCGUCGACCAGAACAGUCUGUGUAACGCCAUCGCCGACAUAUCUUUAAAAAAUAAGACGGACACGGAACCGGAGGACGGCGACGAGAAGGUCUCUCAGCAGGGCGACUCGGACGGCUUCCAGGAGGUGAAGAGUAAAAAGACGGUUAAAGAGCGUCAGAAGCCCACGGACGAGAAACCCAGCAAGGUGCUCCCGAAGUCCGAGAAGGAUAUAGGGAAGCCGGAUCGCAAGCCCAAAACUAACGCUUCCACUGCCCAGCUGACGCAACAGCAGAUCUCGAACAUUCCGCCUCUGAUGGCAACGCCCGUGAAUCCGCCGCCGGUCCUGCCGCAGACGAACAAGAAUCAGUUCGAAAGGCCGCGACAGAGCAAACUGGCUCCGAGGUUCGCUAAGCAGCGCGAGAACAAUAGACUGCAAAAAGCGCAGAUGCAGCAGCAGAGUAUGUGUGAUGUGAACGAUAUGAACAAAGUGAAUCAAAAUAUAAACGUUUACGGUAUGAAAGAUCCGUCGAGUGUGGUCGCGCCGCUUUCGAACGCCUGGGACAAGUCGCUGGGGACGCCGCUGAGAAAUAUCGACUCGGAGAACGUGCUGGGGGUGGCCGGAGACGGCUGCAAGGGGAUGGAGCACGUGCAGGCGGCGAGCCAGAGCAACAGCCCGAGCAACGAUAAGAUUAUCGGAAAAAGCACUCAGUUGCAGGACAAGGCAAUCCUAGACGGAACCACGCCCCCUGUCAACACCAUCAUCUUCGAAAACACGAACUUCAAAUCGGCUCCCGGCUCUCGUAACUCGAGAUCGGACAAGCCGCGCUCGAAACUCGAGGAGGGCAUCGACGGCUCCGUGGUUUCCGGCUUCAACAAACCCAUAUCGGACCUCCUCUGCAAAAACGACAAGCAGUCCGAGUCCAUCCAGAUCCCGCUUUCCUUCAAAGAGGACAACGCCGACAUAAAACUGGAUUUUUUUGACUCCGAGCUAUCCCACCUGACCGAAGAGAAGAGCUCGAAGAACCUGUGCAUGCCGCGCUCGAUGCACGCCAUCACCACCGGCAACAACACCAUCUCGACGGCCGACGCCUUGAACUUCAAGAUCCAGUCGGUGAAGAAGAUGUGGGAGACCCCGACCGACCACAGCGUCGGCCAGGAGGACAGCAACUCGAGCUUCUCGAGCUCGUUCGUGUCGGACCCGAACACGCUCGAUCCGAACGCGUUCAGCAAGGGGAACGACACGCCCGACGACAACCACGAGGGAUACAGCCCUUCGCCGAACCAAGUCGCGUCGAACAAUACCACAAAUGUAUGUAAAAGUGGGAAAUUAAAGGUGAAACCUACGCAGCAGGUAUCCGGUGGCGGCGGGCAGGCGGUUCUCAACUCGACGAACCACCAGCAGCACUCGGGGAUCAUGGGCCCGAGUUUGAUGGGCACGCCGCUGUCGCCGCCCCCGCUGCAGCCGGUCAUCGGGACCGGCGUCAAUCUCGGCCAGCCGCCGCAGCAGUACACCGCCAAUCAACACAUCGGCUAUCAAGCUGGUCUUGGUGGCAGCAACCAGUACGGCAUUUCCGCCAUACCCUCUCCCCCGACGGUCAUGUACAAUUCGACGCAACAAAUUCAGCAGACGGGCCUGUACGGGCCGUUCCAGAUCGAUCAGAGCGGAGUGCUAGGUGGUCAAGGACGGUCCCAAUAUUCCCAAUAUCCUAAUCAUUACAGUUUGGGUCAGACGGCCUCCAGUCCCUAUUCGACGCAAUCGGUGUACUUGCAAACCCAGCCUCAUCCCCCUCCCGCGGCACAGGCGCCGCCAGAUCUUUACCAAAAUAUCAGUAAUUACAGACUGUCUGCGACCGGACCGUUCGGACAGAAUCAACAGUUAAAUAACCCCACCACUGUACUCAUUUCCUCCACGUCGAACUCGUUGAUGUCCGCGUCGGUCAAGCCGAGCAGUCAGCCGAUCAGCGCCAUCGGUACUAAAGCUGGCGGAGUUGGGCAGGCGUACCAACAGCAGUCCCAGCAGAGCCAGCAGGUGUACAUGGCGUACGAGCCGGCGCUGCAGGCGAAUUACUUGCCGAGCGCGGCCGGCGUGAUGCAGAGAGGGCCGACCGGUCCCGUUCAGAACAACGUGGUCCCCGCCCUCCAACCCUCGUCGUCGUACUAUUCAGGAUCGACAGGUCAGACAGGGUAUUUCCAACAACCUGGAAGUUCUACUAUUCAGUCUGCUCAGUUACAGCAACACCAAGCUGGAUAUGGGCUUCAAGGAAACGUCUUUGGUACCCACAAUCAAUCACAUACUAACGCCGGCUUGCAGAGUUUCAAUUCGCAUUUUUUAUCCACCCCCAUGCUGGCGGCGGCCAUAAAUGCGCAGCAGCAGCAGUUCCGCUCGGGCCUGCCUACGCAAUACAUGAAAGGCGUCAGCGGCCAGCAGAUCGGUGAUCAGACCGGCAGGUCGCAGCAGCUGAAGAGCCCCGGCAGCCAGGAGGUCCUCUCUUCGGUCUUCAAUUCGGUUCUGUAUUUCUUAGGUUCUCAGAUUUCCUCGCCCAAGCUGAGGCAGAACUGCAAACCCCCGCAGCCGCAGCCCAGCCCCACCGCUCAGCAUAAGUACAACCUGUACCAGGGGGUGGGCAACCAGCAGUCGGGGAACAUGCAGAGGUAUCCGCCUCCGAUACAGAGACCUGUCAAUUUUCAACAGAAUUUAGGAUCGGUGCAACAGAACAACAACGCCGUCAACCAGAAACAUCGCGCUAACAAUUCCAACAAGGCGCCGGCGCGACAGUACUAUCAAAAUAACUCGAUUUCGUCUCAGAACGAAAAAAUCGACGACGGUAAACUAAACGACAGUUCUUUGACCAACAGCAAUUCCAACAGUGUUAAUUCAUCCGUUGCCAACAAAGCCGUGAUCGGAACGACCCCCGUGACCACGGUGAACUCGUCAUCCGAAAUUUCGAAGGACGCUAUUACAAUAGAAGAAACUACAACUUUAAAGGACUAAGUGUUGUCUUUGUUUUAAGCCCUAAAAGAAAUUUUCUAUCGUUUAAUGUGUUAACUAUUUUCCAAAUUUUGUACAUUACUAAUGAGAGGAGUCGCAAAACUGUAUUUAUUUUUCCAUUAUAUUAAGUAUUGAAAUUUUGUAUUGUAUUACUAAUUAGUAAUUAUUUAUUUCUUCGUGGUUCUGGGACUUUGUGACCGGUUUUUCCAUAACGCUCUUAUACACCGAUUUUAGGACUGCUAGUUAGUGGUUAACAAAGUUAAAGUUCUGCUUUGCCUGAAAUAUUACUAGAACGUUUUUUGAUAAUCGUAUAUCCUACAUUUACAUGUACCGAGGCGAUGUUAUGAGAACAUAAUUCAGUAUAUUCUUGCAAGACCUUGUAGUUUUUUUUACUGUGCUCUGUAAAAAUUGUUAUUACUGUGCGCGUUGUUACAAACCUGUCGAUUGUCACUUCUUAAACAACCGCCCACAGUAAAGUCCACGUUUGAGCUCUUUGCCGUGCCGUUGUUCACACAGAAAUGGCGGCGAGUCUCAAAUUUCGAUGAGUGCCCCCCGACCGGGGCGCUUUCUCAUUUCUCUCGAGAUUGUGGAGCCGUUUUCACAGUGUAGAGCUUGCCUAUACAUUAACUACCUGUGCGUAACUUAUCUUGCGCAACACAAUCUCAUUUUAAGUAAGUUAGCUCAUUUAGCAGUGUUAGUAAAUUUGUAGACAGCAUGGAAUGUAUUGUGUAAAUUAUUCAAGUGAGUGAAAAAACUGCACUAAUGUUUUAUCACACAAACUCCAAGCUUAUUAAACCUCAGUGUAAACGGAAAUUCGACUGAAAAGACUGCAUUUCGGAAGUUCAUGGUGAAGUGUGUGACCUAAAAGACUUUGGAUUCGCUCUUUUGUUUCUCUACCGGCAUCUGCAAAUUACUCAGAAUUAUUGACAUGAAACUGUAUAUCUUUGGUUAAAUAUUUAAUUCUAUGAAUAUUAAUAAUUCGUAAAAUAAAUGGUUUAAAUAUAAA